CAUAACAAACGUAUAUAAAGAAGCCUUCGAGAAAAUAAAUGUCAUAAAUUUCUAAGUCGUGCAGAUUUGCAAUGAGAGACUGAGAAUAAGAUUACAGACCGAUUUAUAUCUUCAAACAGGCAAAUAAGGAAGGAUGUUGACAGGAAAUAAGCUCAUACUUCUUUGGACCAUACAGCAACUCUGUGCGAUAGAACUUGUACAAGCCGUGUACCAACAAGUGCAUUUAAAUCCUUGGAGUGCACCCAUCCCACCCUUUCCUCGAAUACACAACAACGUUCUACCUCGACCGAAUCCAUCGCUUCCUCAAUUCCAGGAUAAAGCAGAAGCUUCAGACAAUUCAUUGCCUUUCGAAGUGGAUAACUUUGAGAAAGACCUCGAAGAUGACAACGACAAACUCUCUGCCAAGGAAGAAGAGGAAGAUUACGACGUGGAUGGUGAUCCGUAUCAGGAAGAUUUAGCUUCAGAUUUAGAUUUCCAAUUUCCAAAACCUUCCAGAAAAGACGGUCUCUUCCACCCUCUAAAAGGGCUGCAAGCUUUACGUGAGUUCAAGAAAGCGAGAUACCAGGAUUCAAUGUCACACCCACGACGGGAAAAUCGCCCAGACAUUUAUAUGGACAGAAGAUUCAAGACACGAUCCGAAGAAGUCGACGAUAUGCCUAGACCUCACAACAUGUUCGAGAAUUCAGCUGGAUAUGGAAAAGAAACUCUCGGUGAUAGAUACGCAGGUCCACCUUUCGAUCGUCCCAGUGCCUUUCCACAUCUCGCUUCAAGAAAUUCCUUUAAACCAGUCAGACAACUCCCUUUCCUACCGAUGAAUCUCCCUCGAUAUCGUCCUCCAGUAACGUCGCCUCCUUUGCCGUUCCCAUCAAACUUACCUAUGCACCAAAUGGAAAACACGGUUUUCCAGGGAUAUUCGCCGAACGCGCAUCUAAGGCGUACACCGUUACCUCUAAACUAUUCUCCACUGCGGCCUUUCAUACCACUGUCUUUUGUUUUUAACGCUCUAUUGUCACUAUUGCAAAGCGGGAGAAUACCGGCUGUCUUCCCAGUACGCCCAAUGCCACCCGCACAGAGAAUGGAAAUGUUACCUUUCCUUCCGAGACCAUUACCUCUAUAUUCACCAUCACAUCAGUUUAUGCGACUACCUGCUCCGACUCCAAAUAAAUAUAUUCCUCGAACUGAUAAUAGAUUUAUUCCAUUGAAUCUUCCAGAAUUACGUGUUCUGUUUGGGUCUCACUUGGGUACAGCUGUUGGUCCGAAUCGACCAGGGUUCCAGGGCUUUAAUCGCAAUUUCCAAAAAAUGCAAAUGGGUCGUUCAUAUGGACAAUUCCCACAGCCAAUGAGAAAAGAAUCUACUUUUUACGGAAGGAAAGUUUUCCCAGCGAAUCGUCCAAUGCCAUUCUUUCCUUUGCCAAAUCGUAACAUUGCGCCACAGCCUCUUCACAAUUUCCAAAGACAAUUUCAUGGUCAAGUCCCUCAAAAUCCAUUAUAUUUCAGACCUCGACAACCAUUCCUCCCUCCCGCUGGAGUGCUCCGUCCUGCACUCAGGAACAUGCCUCCUCCUCAGCCAAUGCGACCGCCAUAUUUUAGAGCACCAUUCUUGACCCCUAGGUCUCGACUAUCGUUAAAUCUUCAACAAGUAUCAAAAAAUCAAAUUACUCUCCCACCUCGUAUAGUAAUGCAAUCUAGGACACAGAUGCCAGGGCCUGGUGUGAACACACUAUUUCCACGUAUUUCGUCGCCUUAUAACCCCGCUCCUUGGCUUCCAAACAGAAGUCGUCCUCCGCCAAAAAAUAUUCCAUAUCCUUAUAGACCGAACAACGCUUUUAGAAACCAGCCUAGCAUCCCCGUACGAUCUUUCAACCCCCUCCUCCCGCCCCAACAUGUGCACCUGUAAUGAAGGUGAUGUAAGGCGCAUCCCCAGAGGAGUGUAUGAACAUCAUUGUCCAUACCCUCACUCUGUAUACAGUUUGUCUCACAGUAGAUAGUGAAAUCCACACCUCUGUCAUUUGUAAAUUGUUCUUGACGAUUAAUUGUUUCUGUUUAUGAAUUAUGAUGCAUAUUUUAUUAUUCUACUUCAAGUAUUGAACGUCAGAAUAUAGCUGUGCAUUUUAUAAAUACAAGUUAUAUCGGCAUAUAUGAUAGAUUAUGUUUGUGUUUUAGACUUUGUAUCUUUAGUUCCAUGUAGUUGAUAGAACUUUAUAAUA